UACCAACAAAUCGACUCUUCUGCCCGGUCCAGCUGGUCCGACUACUUCGACAUUUCUGCCCGGACCGGCUUCUCUGCUCGGCCCAAUCGGUAUCACCAGUUCGGCUCUUCUGCUCCGCCAGACCGGUACCACUGGUCCGACGCUUCUGCCGCCCCAACGGACGGGGCCUCGAGCCGACGGCCCGCAGGGCAUGUCGACUCGUCGACACUGCGACUGCUGCCUGCCCGGUUUGUCGGGCCACCGAGGGCUGGGAGAACCGGAGAAACGCCUGCAGCCGCUACGCGAAGCCAAGUCUACGCCAAGCAUGCCGACUCGCGGGGAGUCGACAGAUCGGCAGGUGAAUGUCGACGCAACAGGCGUCGGCGUCGGCGUCGGCGUCGAGUGGUCCUCCCUGACGAGCCGGCCAGUCAGAGACGAGUCUACAGAAGAGCGGGCCGACGCGGUCGAAGCGGCGGGCAGAAGCGCGGAUGGUGAGAUCGGCCAGACCGGGCCCGCAUGGCCAUCGGGCGGAGCGCUGCGCUCCUAUUCGCACCACCAGUUGGGCGGUCGUUUGUUCGAGGCCGAGCUGUCGCGUGAGCUCACCUGUCCCGAGGGUCUGUCAGCCGCUCAUCUGCCCGUCGCCUCAACUUCCCCAAUGGCAGACGCUCUCGUGCAGGCCUCGAGCACGCUGAGCCAGCAUCGCUACUCCGACAGACUGGCCGACGACGCCAGUCUCCUCGUCUACCAGUCGGACACGAACACGGAGCUCAUCCUUCAGACCCCCGGCGGCAAGGCCAGCCGUCGCCGGCGCUCAGGUCCGGGCAGUUGCGAUGGAGCAUACACUCCCAACAGCCCAGCCUUCCAACAACAACAACAGCACAGCCACAACCGGAAAGAGGCAGGUCAUUUACCGACCCAGACCAGACGCCGGGGACAUCGGGCCUCGAGUGGAGGGCAGGUACGGGCCAGCUCGAGCCUCGGUAGUGCCGCAGGAACCGGCAGUCGGUAUUCUACACUUUCAAGUGGCCAACUCCACUUGGACGGACAACAAUAUCAGCAUCAUCAUCAUCACCAUCAUCACAACCACAGCCAGUCGACUGGGCUCAUCAAGUCUCCAAUCAGCGUGUUGGCCAGCUGUAAAGGCAAGUAA